AUGUCAGCAACAGGAGAAACAGAACAGCCUCCUGCAGCAGACCUGGAAGAGAGCGUCCUUAGAGAGGAGCGUCACGAAGGGGUGAGUGAAGAGUUGAAAGUGCUGCGCCGGAAAAGAGGACAGAAGUUAGCAGCCUUUUCCCGCGUAUGCCACAGAGCCGAGUCCAUCAUCGCCGUUCGUGGAAGUCGCUCAACCUUAGAAGGAUUGUACGCGACAGUCGAUGCGGCGUUAGAAGGCAUCAUCACAGCUAAUGAUGCACUGGAAGCCUGCCUGUCGUCUGAAGCAGAUAAGGCUGAUGCAGAGGAGUACUGUGCUAAGGCAGAACGUGAUAGAGAAGAUAUCGUUGAAAGAAUCACCCAGCAUCUAGCAGAGCGCAAAGAUGAGCCACCAUCAGAAACUGGAUCUGUCGUUUCUGUCGCUCAGAAGAGCCAGACGAGUGCCGUCUCAAGAGCAUCUCAAGUCGAAGCAGAGGUUGCAUCAAAGAUUAAAGCACUACGCCUACAGCAGCUUAAGCGCAGGCAAGAAGAACAGCGACUGCAAGAAAGUCGAGAAGAGGAGAAACAGCGCCGCAGGCAAGAAGAGCAGCGCCAGGAGAGAGAAGCCGAAAGACGAAGACAGCUUCAAGAUGCUGAAGAUGAAGCUGAAGCAGCCCAGCUCGAAGCUGAUCUGCGUAGAGAGCUCAACGAUGACUUCCAACACGAAAGGAGGAACGAUUUCGAAGAUGAGCUGUUUGCAACAGAAGAAGCCGGAUACAGAAGUCAUCAGCGAGAAGUACAGCCAUCGUUUGAAAGGACAACUACCGCACCAAGCCAUGAAAUGGAGGCACGUCAUGAAAAGCCGGUCAAAGGUCCAGGAUCUCACCAGAUGAGGCACCACACGUCAUGGAUAGGAGAGCUGCGCAGUCCGCGUCAGACCCAGCGCGCAGAGAGUGCAGCUCCGUUUUCAGCCUUCGCGAAGAGUAUCCCAAAACUGACCCUUCCGACCUUCAGUGGUAAGGCGUCAGAAUGGCCGAGAUGGAGCGGAUUGUUCAAAGCGCUGGUGCACGAUCAGCCGUCCCUCUCAGACACAGAAAAGAUCGCCCACCUUCAGUCAUCGGUGAGUGGACUAGCGCAGCAGACAAUUUCUGGCAUGUUAUACGAUGGAAGUCUGUACCACCAAGCGUUGAAAGCCCUCGAGGAGCGGUUUGGUCAAGAUGACGAUAUCAUCAAACACAACCUCAACAGCAUCUUCAACGCCCCAGACCCGAUGGAAGAUGAUGCAGAAGCGCUGGAAAGAUUCCAAGCGACGGUACACUGCGCCGUGACUAUCCUCCACAGCAUGGGGGCAGAUGCUGACCUUCACAGCAGUGAUAGCUUGCAUCGGACGGUGGAAAAACUACCUCGGGACCUGAGAAGAGAAUGGGGAAAGUUCUCGCUGGAACUGAAGCCGACGAGACCAUCACUUCUAGACGUGGACUCGUGGCUGAAGACCCAAGUGAAGAUCAGCAGAAGCUGUCCCAAGGGAAAAGGGGACGGCGAAGAAGUCGGUGCCAGGCAAAGAAAGGAACGCGCCGUCGGCCAGUCAGGUCGCGACAACCUGAUGACCCAGUGUCAAAGCCUGAUGCAGGCAACGAUGGAGCAGACGCAGCAGCACCGGGGGCGGCGCAUGUCCUCGACCCAGAUCCGGCGCUACAGGUGA